AUGCUCAUCAAUGGCGGGCUUCAGCUCCUCGCUGCUCCGCCACCGUCGAAUCCCUCCCUUCGGAAGAACAAACCUUCCUUCAACUGCAUCGGCCAAAUCUCCACCGCCGCCCUGACCGCCGACGCCGGCCUUCUCUUCCGGGAAAAGCUAAUCUACCUCGCUCACCUCAAAAUCGACACCAGAAAGGCCCUGACUCAGAAUCCAAAUCUCCGGUCGACUCCCCUCUCCGCCCUCCACUCUAUCGAGCGCUGCCUCGCCUCCAUGGGCCUCCACCGUGCCGCCGUGGGCAGAAUCCUUGACAUGUAUCCUAGACUCCUCACCUCCGACCCUUACCUAGACAUUUACCCAAUCUUUGAUUUCCUUCUCAACGAGGUAGGAAUCCCUUUCCCUGAGAUCUCCAAGUCGAUUUCACGGUGCCCUAGAAUCUUAGUUUGUAGCGUGGAAGCCCAGUUGCGGCCGGCGUUUGAAUUCCUCCAGUCGUUAGGGUUUGUCGGUAGGAACGCAAUUACUGCACACACCACGGUAUUGCUUGUUUACAAUAUUGAAAUUACUCUGAAGGGCAAGCUUGAGUACAUGAAAAGUUUGGGUUUUGAGGAGAGCGAGGUGAGGAAGAUGGUGGUCAGGUCGCCCGGGAUUUUGACGUUUAGCAUAGAGAAUAAUCUCGUGCCGAAAAUUGAGUACUUCCAGACGGUAAUGAAGGGUGAUUUAGAGGAACUGAAGAGAUUUCCUCAGUAUUUUUCGUUUAGUUUGGAAGGUAAGAUCAAGCCCAGGCACAGAAUGUUGGUGCAGUAUGGGCUUAAGCUCCCGUUAUCGAAUAUGUUGAAGGUUAGCGAUGGGGAUUUCAUUGCAAUGUUGAUGGAGAUGAGGCUGGGGAGAGCUAAGCAGGAGGUAGAUCGAUGGAAGUAA